AUGCUACUUCUUGCGGUCUUGGUCAGUUUCCACGGCGUGAGUGCCUUGCCCGCGGCCCAGAACGCCGCUUCUUGUUCCUAUGACGAUCUUUACACGUCGCUCUCGAGGGAGGGGAGCGAGUUUUGUUCGAGCAUGGUUAAGACCCCGUGCGAGGUGUCGGCGACGCCUGCGCAGUUUACGUCGUAUCCCUCUGACAAGCUAUCUUCCUAUUGUGAAUGUCUCAUGACGACCGGUACUGCCUAUGGGACGGCCGCGCCUACAGCCACCGGCCAAGCAAACAGUUCCGAGACGUAUACUUCGUGGCGGUAUUCUCGGGGGCCGACGGGCUCGCAGGCCUGUAUCUUGCAGGCUAGCACUUCUGAUUCUAUGAUGAGUGGUGGUGGUGGCUCUGGAGGUGCUUCGGGGACGGCGUCGGGUAUCGUUGGGUCUGAUACUGGGUCGGUGACGGGGAAGGCGACGCGGACUUCGUCGGGUGCUUCUCAGGGGACUUCGGCAUCGGGCAGUGCCUCCUCCGGCAAUGGAGGAAAUGGAGGAAACGGCGGAACAGGAGCAACGUCAGCUUCUCAAGGUGCCCAGGGCUCCUCCACCCCCGCAGCAGGUGGCGGCUCGGGAAACGGUGGCCAAGGGACCUCGGGUCUCAAUGCCACUUCAGCUGGCAGCAACUCUGGCAGCGUCACCUACCCCGGAUCAACACCAACAAUAUCCUCUGGGGGAGCAUCUGGAGGCCCCGGCUGGAACAGUUCGGCAGCAUCUUCUCAAGGGGGCGCCGGCACCGGGACCAUGGCAACGAUUGCCACGUCUGCUCCCUUCAUCACGCCCAGCGGCUUCAACAGCAGCACCAUCAGCCGCAUCGUCAACGCAACGCAGACUGGGCCGCCUCCCUUGCCUGCCGCCAACUUCACGCAGGUGACUCGAACCGGUGCCAUUGUCAAGCCGACAUGCUACCAGAUGCCGCAGCCUGCAGAGGGUGCGACUCGAAGAGCACUGCUUCACAACACGGAUCUCCGCGAGCGAAACGCAACGAUUCCGUUCCCGUACAUCGAGUCAGUCGACUUCCAGACCGACGGCGUGGAUCCUCUCUAUCUCACCCUGCGAGAUGCAGCCGAGGGAACGCACUACAUCGACGUCUCCAACAGAAGCUACAUCGCCAUUGUCGACUCGCUGUACAAUGCCAUGAUCAUCGACGCCAAUGGCGUGCAUUUUUCGACCAAGAACUGCCAGUACGACGUGUCCAUCACCAUCGACUCCAUGUACCAGCAGCUGGCUGCGCUUUCUGGCCAAGUCUGUUCCACGGGCGACCAGAAGAUGAUGAAGCGGAUGAGCGACGUCGACUUCAACCAGACCCUGUAUCUGCGGGAUCAGUGCAAUAAUCCGGUCAAGCAGACGGUGCGGCAGUAUCCGGAGCUUAAAAUUGGGGACACGAACUGCAACGACCUGGAAGUCGAUGAAGAGACCGGCCGCUGGCUGUUUGACUGCACGUUCCCCGGCUCAGAGUCUGGCACCCUCAAGUGCGAAUACGCUGUGAGGAACGACAUUGAGGAGUUUCUCUUCACGGAUCCCUUUGGCGGUGCCUGUCCGGACCUGUCCACCGUCAUCACGACCCUCGAGGCCAACGGCCAGGACUUCAUCAACCCAGAGUCCCUCCGAACGGAGCUGUACAACCAGGGCCUGGACGACGCCCAAAAGGCAGAGGCGAACCUCAUCGUCAUCUACUACGAGCAGCUCUGGGAGAUCCUCAAGCAGGCCUUCUCCAAGCUGCGCACCCAGAGCCCGGACAAGGUGAGCGCCAUCCAGGAGUACAUUGACGUGUACAACCAGUACCGCAACUUCGAGGACGACAUCUGCGAGGACCUGCACGCCGGCGACAUGCCCCUGAAGAUGAGCCUCCGCGCGGGCGUCACCUACGUCGACGCCAUCGCCAGGCUCAACUGGGCGCCCGAGGCCCCCAAGCCCUUCAACGUCACCGUCCAGGACCCGGACAAGCUCGCGUGCUGCAGCCCCGGGAGCAACGCCAGCAGGGACGAGGCCGCGGGGACGUGCGCGUAUCCGCAGAGCGCCCACCUCAGCGGCACCGGGUGCGUCUGCGGCAACAUGGCCUCGGGGGCGUCGGUGGCGUUCGAGGUGACCGAGUGCGAGAACUUUGUGAGCGAGUGCCAGGCGGACGAGGAUUGCUCCAAGGCUGGGCAUCCGACGUAUGUGUGCCUGACGGGGACCUGUUGCGGAACGGGUGUUUGCGUUGAUCCGUAUGAGUGUGCGCAGAACGGAAGUGUGCUGGUGAGGCCGGGCCUCUUUUGA